CAGGAGGAGGGAUCCAUAAAAGAAAAGCCCAAAACCACUAGGGAGGCGUCACCGUCAAGCUCUCCUUUCACCUCUCCUUUUCUUCUUUCUUUCUUCUACUUCAGUGUGUAUUGUAUAUCGUAUCGGCGAAAACCUCUCAUCUCUUUCUAUUACACUCACAUGCUUCUUCGAUCUCUCCUUUAGGUCUGUCUCUCUUCAUCUUAUUCUUAUUAUAAUUCCUUUCGCUAUUUCCUAAUUCUCUCCCUCUUCCUCCACUGUUACAUGUGUCUCAUUUAUUGAUUACUGUUACCUAUAAUUAAUUAAUUUGUUUAUUUGGAAUUGAUUGAGUUGUUGUUACUGGUGGUGAUUUUGGCGGUUGUAUCUGUUUGGUUGGCAACAACACUUAUUAAAUACUUAAGUUCAGUGUAAACGCUCAGGGUAAUCAUGCCGGACGUGCAAGCUCUCGUGAACGACUUUCUUAACAAGCUUAAGAAGCGUAAGAUUGAGGGCUCGCAGGCCACGGCUAAGCAGACGGCGGAAGUGCUGCGGUCAGUGAUUUCGCAGCAGAGAGUUCCUUACACUAAUCAGGCUGCUGCGUUGAUUGAUGCUGUUAAGGCUGUUGGAGAGCAGCUAAUUGCUGCUAAUCCUGUUGAACUGGCUGUGGGUAAUAUAGUAAGGCGUGUUUUGCACAUUAUUAGGGAGGAGGAUCUGUCACUGACAACAGCUGCUAUUGCGGGAUUAAACUUAGCAGCUGUAAGUGAUGAUGAUGAUGAUGGUGAGCGAGAUGAUCACCCAGUUUUAUCAGCUGCUGCCGUUGCUGCUGCUGCAAGAAGCACUUUGCGUCCGCCUUCUUUGCAGACCUUGCUGGAGGACAUGCCAGACUCCGCAGCUAUUCCUCAUACUUCUUCAUCGGGGGGUGAUUCUGAAGGAAAAAGCAAAUCUGCUGAUAAAAGUUCAAGAUCUCGGAAACUGAAGCACGACGUUAUUGAAUCUGUUAAUGAGCUCAUACAAGAUAUAGCCAUGUGUCAUGAACAGAUUGCAGAGCAAGCAGUGGAACAUAUCCAUCAAAACGAGGUAAUACUAACUUUAGGCAGUUCGAGGACAGUACUGGAAUUCCUUUGUGCUGCAAAGGAGAAGAAAAGAUCAUUUCGAGUAUUUGUUGCUGAAGGUGCUCCUAGGUAUCAAGGGCAUCUCCUUGUCAAGGAAUUGGUUGCAAGAGGUUUACAGACAACUUUGAUUACUGACUCAGCAGUUUUUGCCAUGAUUUCUAGAGUAAACAUGGUGAUUGUUGGAGCUCAUGCUGUUAUGGCCAAUGGUGGCGUUAUAGCACCUGUGGGGUUAAAUAUGGUUGCACUUGCAGCUCAAAAACAUGCCGUCCCAUUUGUUGUGCUUGCUGGAAGUCACAAGUUGUGCCCCUUGUAUCCACACAAUCCUGAGGUUCUACUAAAUGAAUUGAGAUCUCCAUCUGAGCUGCUGGAUUUUGGAGAAUUCUCAGAUUGCUUGGAUUUUGGGAGUGGCACUGGGUCUCCUCUUCUUCAUGUUGUAAAUCCAACAUUUGACUAUGUUCCGCCAAAGCUUGUUAGUCUGUUCAUUACUGACACUGGAGGGCACAAUCCGUCCUACAUGUAUCGACUUAUUGCUGAUUAUUACUCUGCUGAUGAUUUGGUGGUGCAACGAAGACCUGCCUCAGGGAAUUGAUUCCCACCAGACUUCUAAAAGCAUGUGGCAGUUUAGGAAUUACCAUGGAAGAGGUGGACUGGAGAUUAAAGAAAUUAAUUGACUUUAUGGUACCAUGUUAACCUCCAUUAAUCAUGAAAAGAAAAUGCAGAAUUAUUAGCUAAUAGCGCAUGGAAUAUACUUGGAGACGGGCGAGGGAACGCCCAUUUUUGUGAUUGUAACAGAGAACCAUGAAUUGAGAGUGAUGUUUGUAAUUGUGAGUUAGAAGCUUUAUGAGUUGUUACAGCUAUGCACGAAAGAGACAAAUCAAGCAUUUAUUGUAUGCAAUUUGUUUGCGAAUUUGAUAGCAGUUACCUGGACUGCUCGGUGGAGACUGUAUAGUUUGAUUCUGUUGUUCUACCAGCACAGCUAAAAAAUUAAUAGAUAUUUCUGAACAAAUUUUUCUA